GAUUUCCUUGUCACCCGUUUGGAAUCAGUUUUCAUGUCCAUGCAUCGUCCAUAAUCUCAGGCGGACACGUGGCAGUGUUUCUGCGACUCCCCGGUCUGGCCUGUCAUCUCUAUAUAUGCUAUGAACAAUCGUUUCUCUUUGACCACCCGCGCAGCGUUGCCAUGAUGCGCGCGCGCGCCAGCGCGCCGAAUCGUUGGUUUGGUUAAUUGACGACAGUCAGGGACGACAAGGAAGCAAAGGUGGUGCAUGGUGCAUGCAACCGAGAUGUUUUCCCGCUACUUCACACUUUUCAUAGGGAGGUGACAAGGUCAUCACGCACGCCGUCGAUUACCUCGGGGAAUGGAGAAGUGAGAGAAAACGGUAUUAUUAUAUAAACGUGACUCAGCCAGCUGGGCUUGCUUAGAAAUUUGGUCCUGUCUGACGUUGAGUACAGGCGAAAACACGUGAAUGUGUAGCGAGGGUUCUUUCACAUACGUGGCGCUCUUCUUCUUCAGCCACACGCAGGCUUUGCGUGCUCCUCACGCGGGAAAAAAAAGGCGGCGUUUGAAGUGCAUCUACAUCAAGCAAAAGACGACCGGGUUCGCUCUGCCCACUGGUGACUGAAUUCUCGUCUUCUGUAUUUCUCUAUUUCUCCUGCUACACGGGUACCGCAGGUUGCUCGCGAGUCUUCCCUGUGUGCCUCUCUCUCUCUCUCUCUGUGCCUCUCUCUCUCUCUCUCUCUCUCUUUUUUUUGGUUUUGCCGCCUUUACGGCGGCGUACACGGUAUGGGGAAAGCUGUGGAAAAAGGGUCGAUGACUCCGCACCUCGUUUGUAGAAAAACGUGUAUUAUUGGACGAUUAUGUGAUUGGGUGAUUGACGUGAACGACUGGUCACGGUUGCAUUGACUGAGUUGUUAGACAUCUGCUCUCGGCACUGAGAUUGUGUAAAUCCCUGAUUGUCUUAAAUGCACGUAAGAAGCUCACCGUGCACGCCUCAUUGGUAUGGCUUGAGUAGGACUUAUUAGAGCACAGUGGUCGCAGCCAUGGAUGUCAUCGCUAGAGAGGAAGAUAAGGUGCCACGUAGACUGUAGUUGUAGACAUGCUGUAGUGCGCUUGUCGGGCUGUCAGAGGUAAGCAUGCACGAACGGAUAUCUUGAGACGUACUGUAGUUUGCUUGUGUAUUUCGUCUCUGGCCACAGUGAACGAGUAGUGUGUUGCGUGUGUUCUUUGGUUAAUGACAGGUUAGCUGUGGCCGCCGCGAGAGCGGAGGAGGGCAAUCAACGCAGCCUAUAGAGGUUGGAGGAGGAGGUGCGCGGCCGCCGCGAGAGCGGAGGGCUGAGGGAGAGACGUCCCUGGGUGCGGGGGGUUAUAAUAGAGGGUUGUGGGGACAGGUUGGGGAAGUAAGUGAUUGGGGGAAAGGAGGAGAAGUGUUGGCCACAAAAGAAGGGCGGAAGAGCCCAGCGGAAGCCCGGCGCGGGACUCACGGGUCAUAAGUGGGUGAGGCAGCCACGUGGGUUGUGAGGCCUUGCGUAUUUCGAAGCGUGGUCGGGGAGAGGGAGGAGGGUUAGGGGGAGACGGUGGUAGGGGAAACGACCGAAGGGCCGACGGUGAUGGCGUAGAUGGUGGGUUUUGGAGGGGGCGCGAGCUCCUUGGUUGCUGAUUGUCGUGUUUAGGUGUACGUGUUUGGGGGCUGCGCUAUGCUGGAGCAGAAGAGAGCUAUUGAGGGAGAGGAGCGCGACGACUGCGUCUGGGAGGCGGGCGGCGUUGACUGGGCGGGUGGAGAACAGGGGAAGUAGCUGGCGACGGCGAUGGCGGGUGCGGGCGUCAGCGCGGCGGCGAUUUGCUCCCAUUGCUUGGGCGCAGACUCGCGGAAGCCGCCGCCGCCGGCGCCACAGCAGCAGCAGCAUCAACACCAUCAUGGUGUUCCGCGGGCGGGAGACGAGUUGGGUGGCAGUUGCGCAGGCAUGGUCAGCAACUCCGGCGGGAGUAGAUGGGGUAGUUCCACGUCAUGGCUGCACCGGAGGAGUUGGAGUCGGGAGAGGGCAGUCCCAGAUACGAUGGAGGUCAGUUCCACCUGGGGGGAAGGAGUGUUGGCGCAGUCACCGUUGAGUUCUGGCGGGUACGUCACCUCAGCAGCGGCGCCGACGCGAGUCGGCGGCGGCAGCGGAGGGAUUCGACAGGGAACCCUGAUCGGGGCAGCGGGGAUAUUGGGCAGUGGGGUGGGGAAACUUGCGCGCCAUCGGGGGAAAGUGCGUGUACACCUCCACCAUCAUUGUCAUCAUUCGUCUUUGCAGUUGACUGGAUUUGGUGGAAGCGGGCUCUUCAGAGGACGGAGAUUGCGAAGAAUACGCAGGGGAGGGGAGGGAGGAGGAGGAGGAGAAGGAGGAAGAGGUGGUGGUGGGGGGGGUUGUAGUCGUCGUGGUGGGGCUGGAAAUGGGGUGGUGGAAGGUGACGAGGGGGCGCGUUGUACUGAGUUGGUGGGUGGGUGGGUUCGGGUUCGAAUGGGACUCGAGCGGACGAUGUACAGAGGGGGGUCUAGGAGGGGGGAAAGGAAUGUGUUGGGAAAUGCCGGAGGGGGGGGUAGUAGCGAGGGAUGGCAGCAAAGGGACUCCGCCGGGGAAGGGUGGGAAGAUCCGGCUGAGGUGACUAGGCUUCUGAGCUCUGUGCCAGUCGAUGUAGUUGGCGGCGGAGGCGGCGGCGGCGGCGGAGUAGCACUAGGUAUGGGGAUUGCGGAGAGGAGGAGGUCAUUUUUAAGUCAACGGAGCAUUGGUCAGCAAGAACAGGAGAAGGGGGUGGUGGAGGGAGGAGAGGACGGCGCCGCUCGAGGAGCGGCAACUGUGCCUGUUUUCGAAAAAGAUAUAUAUGAGCAGAGACCCGACGGGGAGUGGGUCGUGCCCCGAGACGUUUUCAAUCCGUACGUGGAGGAGGCAGAUAUGGCGGUUGCCCGGGAAUGGGAGGGUUCGGGGGUGAAAGAGAUGCCGUUCUCGGAGUGGAAGGAGCGUCUAAGAAGAGGCGAGGUGCAGCGAAUCACUCUAGUGGACAAGCCGUCGAAGUGGUGGAGCGCGGGAAGCCGCAAGUUGCUGGUCGAUUUGCGCCCCUCUGUUGGCGGCGGCGCAUCGCCGGCGAAGAACCUGGGCAGCUUUUCGCCCUCGGGGACGCCGAGCAAGUGGCGGGUCACGAUGUACGACCGGAAGCAGCUGGACGAUUUCAAGCAAGAUUUCGCGCAUUUCGAAGGGGAGAAGCGGGUUUUGGAAACGCGCGGGUACGUGGAUCUGGUGCUUGCGCAGCCGCGCGUGAGGAACGUGGUGGAGGUGCUGCCGACGUCGUUGGUGGAGUAUUUCCGCCUGGCGGGAGCCAUCGCUUUCGUCUUUGCCGCGCUGUCGUUCCUGCUUGUGGAGGGAAUGCAGAUCAAGGGGUCACCGGAGAAGUGGGCUAGCGACGUGUGGAAGAUGGUGGAAUUCGGGCAAUCGAAGGACUCGGCGCGCAAGGACGGGAAGACGGGUAUUGGCUUCUCGGACGUGGCGGGAAUCGAUCACAUCGUCGCCGAACUCAAGGAGCUGGUUCAAUACCUGCGCAAUCCGGACAGGUUCAGCAACGUGGGCGCGAAGCCCCCUCACGGUGUGUUGCUGGAGGGUCCCCCCGGAUGCGGCAAGACGUUGCUGGCGAAGGCCAUCGCCGGAGAGGCGGGGGUACCCUUUUUCGAGAUGGCGGGGUCCGAGUUCGUGGAGGUGCUUGUGGGUAUUGGCUCCUCCCGCGUGCGUGAUCUGUUCAAAAGGGCGCGCAUGUCGAAACCCGCCGUCGUUUUCAUCGACGAGAUCGAUGCUCUCGGCGCAACCCGCGCGGCGGGGUCGGCGUCGGGAUACUACAGCGGGACGCAGGAGCGCGAGCAGACUCUCAACCAGCUGCUGGUGGAGCUGGACGGAUUUGACAGCGGCGAUGGUGUGAUAUUCAUCGGCGCGACGAAUCGGGCCGACUUGCUUGACCCCGCGCUCCGCCGCCCCGGUCGUUUCGAUCGCACGAUAAGGAUGUCCCCGCCGGACGCGAGAGGGCGGCUGGACAUACUGCGCGUUCAUGCGGGGAGGAUGAAGCUGUCGUCGGAAGUGGACCUGUGGUUGUACGCGGGGAACCUCAUAGGCUUCAGCGGCGCUGAGCUGGCUCAUUUGAUGAACGAGGCGGCAAUCAACGCCUUGAGGAGGGGGAACAAGGAGGUGUCCAGGGAAGAUAUCGACAGAGCACUGGACGUGAUGGUGUCGGGCUAUGGAGCCAAACGCCUCCCAGAUUUCACCGAUCAGACCAGGAGGUUCUUGGCGUGUCAGGAGAUAGGCACUGCCAUCGCUGCGACCGUGCUUGCGCGCCGAGGGGCGCAGAUCGAGCGCGUGGGCCGCGUUUCGAUUGUCGCCAAGCCCACCACCUUCUCUCGCACCAUAUUUUCCCGCCUUGACGACGAAAAAUACUCCUUUUCCCGCCGUUUUGAUCUGCUGGUGAGGAUGCAAGUGAUGCUGGCCGGUCGGGCCGCGGAACACCUCGUCUGGGGCAGCGAUUCUUCUAGCCAGAGCGCAGAGAACUUGCAGAAGGCGGCCUGGCUGGCAAGGAAGAUGGUCUCGAAUUUCUGCCUGGAGGGUAAGAUCGUUAUGCGUGGAGAGUAUGUUCCGUUUGGCCCCGUGCAAUACGAAAGACCUUACAGUGGGGUGCCGCUGGAUUUCGACGGAGGGCUGUUCACGGAUCAAGGGCAGGGUGACCCCAUGGCCAACCCCAUGACGAAAGACGAUAUCGACGCCAGAACAAUCGCGCUCGUCGACAAGAACUAUGAAGCGGUGCUGGAAGUAAUAAGCCCGUACAAGAAAGCGUUGAUGGUGGGGAUGGAAAUUCUCCUAGAGAAGGAUGAAAUGUACGGGGAGGAGAUCGAGGCAUUGAUCGAUGCCUAUCCUCCGGAGGAGAUAAUGGAGGAAGAAGAAAAAGAAGAGGAGGAAGAAGAGGAGGAGGAGGAGGAGGAGGGAAUUGAGGCACUGUCGGAGUACGAAAGUCUUCCCCUUCACGCUCUCCCCCUCCCCGGGGAACCCAGUGACCUAUUCUCAGAUAGAGAAGGCGAACAGGAGUGGGAGGAGUGGGAGGAGGAGGGUGAGGAAAUGGAGGCAGGGAGGGAGCAUGAGGAGGUGAUGCCAAUUGAAGCGGUGCUUGCCGAGCUAGCGGCUGAAGAAGAGGAGGAGCUUUUAGCUAUGGGCAAGAGGGAGGAGGAGGAGGAAGAAGAAGGAGAGGAGAAAGCCGACGCGGUGAGGUGCCGUGGGGUUGAUGAAGAGGAGGAAGAGGGAGAGGAAGAGGAUGAAGUGUACGCGGCGAUGGCCCGCGGGUUUGAUGAUGAAGAGCUAGUGGAGGAAGAGGAGGAGGAGGAAGAGGAGGAACAGGAUCACUUCGAGAACGAAGCGGUGAGAUUGAGGUGUGAGGAAGAUCUUGACGAGGACGAUGAAGAACCAGAGGGCGACGUGGAUGAGAACCUCAAUCGUUUAGAGGAGCUGGCAUCUGAGCGGGAAGCAUUCAACGAGAGCUUGGCCAAGGUGCACGGCUAUGUGCCCGGCAAUGACGAUGCUGAAGACAGAGCAGCAGGCGAGGGAUCGAGUGAUGAGAGGAAGAAGAAGGUCACUGGCAUGAUCGAGGAGAGGGGGUUUGUGGACAGCUGGGAGGCGGAGUUGGAGGGCGUGGAAGGACCAGCGGGGUUGGCGGGAAACGAGCGCAUGAGCCCGCGUUGGGUGCGCCCGCAAACGACUAAGACGGAUGGCGGUAAGAACAGGAUCCUGAGGGACGUACGUGGGCGGAAUAUCAUGUACGGGUCGAUUUCUCCCUCAGGCUCACCGUCUUCUUCCUCCUCUGCUUACGGCUCGUCGUCCUCCUCGUCAGUGGCCGGGCUCGGAUCCUUGUUGAGCGGAGAGGGCAACGGGAUGACUGCGAAGGGGGGCGCAGAAGGAGAGAAGGCCGCAGGAGAGAAGGCUUGUGUAGGUGGCGGGACCGUGAGGAUGAUGGGCAAUGGCCAAGAUCUUGGCGGUGAUUGGGUAGGCGCGGGGUGCAGUAAUUCCCCCGUCGUGAUGCCCAUCGUCGUCCCCAAUCUCUCCCCUUCAUCCUCCGCCUUUGCAACCUCCACCUCUCAAUCCUCUCCCUCCCCGUCGUUGUCAUCAGCAUCCCCUCUCAGGGAUGGCACCGGCUUGGCCUCCAACGCCUCAAGAGCGGUGGACAAUGCCUCCGACGGAAGUGAAAGGGUGGUAAGCAGUACGGUUAACAAGAUGGGCGGGGUCGGGGAAAAGCCCUGGAAGAAGAAGAGCGCAGCUAUUAGGAAUAUCUUCAGACGAGGAAAGAGGGAUCAGUAGAGCUAUCCUGUGGUGGGCGAUAGAGAAAAUUUCCGGAGGUGCAGAAAAAAGGGGUUGGAACAGGGUGGAGGCGGGCCAGGCAGCAGCGGAUAGGAGACUUUUUUGCUUCCUUCCGCAAGAAUACUAUGGACUGUGGGUGAGUGGGUGGGUGAAUGCCGACGGGAUCUCUCGCGGAGAGUGGUUGCUCGCUCCCUAUGGAACGUUAGAUCACUGCAGGCGGGAAUGAACGGACAGACGGAGGGAGAAGAUCAUUAGGGAUGCCGAGAGGAGAAAGAGGAGGGGGAGGGGAGGGAGGGGGGGGGGGGGGGGGGGUUGGUGUAUGUGAUUGUGGGGUGAAUCGACUGAUCAGCGUGGGGGUUUCAAACUGGGGGGUAUGGAAAUUGUUCAUUUCAGGUGGAGGGGUUAAGGGUAGGAUGCGAUGUCCUGUGUAUUGUAUCAGUGAUGGGAGAUGAAUGAUGAUGCUUCAGAACAUGUCCCAGGAAGGGGGGCGGGCUGGCGUCUUAGGCGGGGGCCGUGUGCCAGAUGAUGUGUGUGUGUAUGUGUGUUUGAAUGUGUGUGUGGAGAGAGAGAGAGAGAGAGAGGUGGUGGUUGUUGAAAAGUCGGUGGGGAGGGGAUGGCGAGGAGGAGUAAGGGAUGAGGGGGGCGAGGUGUGAGCCUGCGUGUUGUGUAUAUGUUUUUUUUUUUGUUUAAAUCUCUUUUUUUUUUUUUUUUUUUCUUCCGAACACGUGGUUUGUGUUUGUGUCCUUGACAAAAGGUAAAAGAAGAGCAGCGUGAAGGGGUAGGCAACGAGGAGGGCAUCCUGCGUCUUCGGAGAUGUAAGUGAUUUUGAUUUGUGUUUGGGAUUCAUUCGUUGAAUACCAAGGA